AUGUAUGGAGUUAAACAUAACAAACUAUUUUUUAAAAAAAAUCAACAGAAUAACGUCGAAAAUAAUACAUUCAUUUUGAUUUACAUCAUGUCACAUUUUUUGAAUUUAUCAAGAUCAAUUUUUAAUUCCUGUAUUGAAAUUUUUCCUUCUCCCAAAAAUAUUGACCCAAAUAGACUCUUCAAAAUUUAUCCCUCAUUAUAUAAUGAAGAUAUUUAUCGCAACAUAAUUCUUUGUUCUUCCUCCACUGACUUUACCAUCAUUUACAUUUCCAAAUAUAUUUGUGCCAAUGUGCAAAACAAUACGCUUAUAGGCUUUCGAGGUUUUUAUGACAAAAAUACCUUUUUGUCCAUAUGCCGUAUUUAUGCUGGAAUUUUGUACGAAAAUAUGUUCCUUUACAUUUGCGGCAGGGGCAUCAAAACUGUGGUCAAGAAAAUUUACAUCUGCAUGGGUGGGGACCUCCUACCGAUUGCCCAGGCCUACGCGGGUAACAUAGUGGCCGUCUACUUGUCCAUAGUCCACGUGGACGCCUCCCACAUGGGGGAGAGCGGCGGUAGAAGCGGCAGCGGUGGUAUAGGCGGCAGCAGUGGUAGAAGCGGCAGCGGUGGUAGAAGCGAUAGAGACGGCAGCAGUGGUAUAAGCGGCAGCGGCGGUAGUGGAGACCAGCCCAGGGAAGACGCCAAAAGAGAGGACGAUGCGACUUCCCCCGGGGGACAAGACCACCCCCCCUUUGAAACGGAUAAUAUUAUGAACGAGUCGAGAGACUUUCUCCAAGAGAACCAAACCGAGGAGAAGACCCAACCGGGAAGCCCAAGCAAUAGGAUGCCCCUAAACAUAGACUACCACAGUGGGGGAAAAAACGACUUGCAGUAUCUCUCAAACACUCUGAUGAAUUUGAUAAAAAACAAACGAAGUAAAAAAGAGCAUAAUAUAUUUAUAAUGAACAGUGAUGGAGUUUUUCUAAACAAAAAUAUCACCUUGUCGAGUCACCAAAAUGCAGACUCAUUUAUCCUUCCCUUCACGGAUACAUGCUCAACCAUAUUGCAUACCAUAAUCGAACCGAAGAACAUCCAAGACAUGAAUAAAUUUUUGUACGGAUUAAUUCUACUCUACACAUGUGACACAUCCAUCGAUAUCGACUUUAACGAAAGGGGAGAGUAUAUUUUGAAAUUCUGUGGAGAAAUACAUAUGCAGAAGUGCCUCUCCGAUUUUGUAAACAUAUAUAGCAACAUCGAAAUUAAAACAUCCGACACGAAUAUCUCCAUUAGGGAAGGAAUACAAGAAAAUAUCGUAAAGGUAAAAAGGAAGAAAAAUAAAAUACAAGAAAGUAUGAAAGAUUUGCACACACAUUAUAUCAAAAUUAACAUGGAUAAUCAAGUCAAAUACGGGGAGUGUGCUGCAAGUGUGGAGGGUCUAAAAGAGGCCAACAGUAAAGCUAUGGCGGAUAGUGACAAUGGCAGCGUAAAGGGGGUAGAAAAAAGUGCUUCUCAUAAUACUGCCGAUGAUGAUGACUGUGAAAGAAGUAACUGUAACGAUCCUCGUGGCUCCAAAAUCGAACGAGGAGAUAACCAUUCGACGAACAUAUUCAGACACAUCCAGCUCGAAAAAGAAAAUCAUUUCCUAAACAUCCUUUUCAAUUACAGUCAUAACACAAUUUGUCAAAAAUUAAACAACAACUCUUUUUAUGUUUUUUUAAGUGCUCUAAAUAUGCCCCCAAAUUUGCUCAACUUUUUUGACAAACAUUAUUCAAAUAUACAAGCUGUGUUAGAAAAUAGGUCUAUAUCUCCUUGCUUUUUAAAUUAUGAUAAGACCGAUUCGUCCAGCACAAAUGAACACGUCAUGUACAAGCAGUGUUUGAUCAACUUGGAGAGGUGCGUCAACGAUUUGUGUUUCUGCGAUCGAGUUGACUGCGACGAGGCAGUGGGGGGCGACGGAGCCGAUGCGGGGAAAAGCGGCAUCAGCGGUGUUAGCGGCGUUAGCGGUGUUAGCGGUGUUAGCGGCGUUAGCGGUAUUAGCGGCAUAAACUGCAGCAGCGCUGUUGGCAGCGUCGACAGUGUGAGCGAAGGACCCGCGCCUGGCCCCCCCUGCAGCGGAGAGAAAGCCAGCCAGCUGCGCAAGAACAAGAACUACCAACUGGAGCUAUGGGACGUGUGCGUGCAAAACGGAAGCGUCACCCUGCUGUACAUCAAGAAAUAUUUUAGCAAAAAGAAAAAUGACGAGUACUUGCUGGACAACAUCAUAACGAAUGAAAAGUACAAAGAAAUAAUUAACCAGCGGUCCUUCGUCGAUACCUACCUCUCAGACACCAACAGCGACAUAAACAUCUACUUGAACAAUUUAUGCCUCGGCUUUAAAAUGGCUUCAAAAUAUGGCCCCAUCGCCCAGGAGCCUAUCAGAGGAGCCCUGUUCAUCAUCGAGGGACUAAUAAUUGACGAGGUAGAAAAUGGAGACCUAUUCGAAGAAGUAAACACAAAGGAAGAAAAUAGUGAAUAUAAAAUUAACGCAGGGAAUAUCAUUGCACUAAUGAAGGAAGCUUGUUUAAAUGCUGUCCUACAAAAUAAAUUGCGCAUAUUCGAACCCAUGUUGAGAUUAAAUUUAACAUGUGAGAGUAACGUCCUGGGGAAGGUGUACAACGUGUUGCUCAAAAGAAGGUGCUCAAUUCUAUCGGAAGAAAUCAAAGAUGGCUACUUUCUCUACUGCAUAGAUGCAUACCUUCCUCUGUUUAAUUCGUUUAAGUUGGCAGAAGAGCUAAGGUCUAAGUGCUCAGGAAAUGUUAUUUAUGACAUCCAGUUCAGCCAUUGGAACAAACUCAACGAGGAUAUUUUCCUGUCAAAUGAUAGCUCCACUGUCGUCUACGACGAGGACUUCGACGUUAAGUUAAUGGAUAAUACUGCUACAGAGAUUGUUAACUUCAUUCGGAGGGCGAAGGGCCUAGAAACGAACGAGAAGAUAAUACAAAAACCAGAGAAGCAGUGCACCCUCAAAAAGUAA